CUCUUUUUCAGUUUUAUUCCUUUUACACCCUACAUUCAUUUUUGUGUUUUUCGGACCUCGCCCUUGGCUUUGUACCUCAUCCUGUAUUUGAUGCCUUCAGGUCUCUGCCCCUUCAACAGUCAGCUAUCAAGAUCCAUUGCUCUUUCCGUGCCAAAGCUGUCCUUUCGUCUCCGUUGAUAGCAGAAGAAAAUCCUGUCCUGUUCUCGUCACCGCCUUGCUAGUUUGGGUUUGUGGUCCGGAAUGUCAUCUGUAUCUAGCCAGCCUCAGUUCCGAUACACACAGCCUCCCUCUAAGGUUCUACAUUUAAGAAACUUACCAUGGGAGUGCACAGAGGAGGAACUUAUCGAAUUGGGGAAGCCAUUUGGUAAUGUUGUCAACACCAAGUGUAAUGUUGGAGCAAAUAGAAAUCAAGCAUUUAUAGAGUUUGCAGAACUGAAUCAAGCUAUUGCAAUGAUAUCGUACUAUGCGUCUUCCUCAGAACCAGCUCAGGUACGAGGGAAAACCGUCUACCUACAGUAUUCCAACAGACAAGAGAUAGUGAACAACAAAACUACUGCCGAUGUAGCUGGAAAUGUAUUGUUGGUAACAAUUGAGGGAGAUGACGCACGCCUUGUCAGUAUUGAUGUUCUACACUUGCAGGCCAAUGUCAAGGAUAUAUCUGCAAUGGCAGCUUAUUGCAUCGGGAGAAAGAGCGCAUGUGUUCUCAGCUUUUGGAUUUGUCCAUAAGAUUACUACAUUUGAGAAAACUGCUGGAUUCCAGGCUCUAGUGCAAUUUUCUGAUGCAGAAACUGCCACUUCUGCAAAGGAUGCCCUUGAUGGAAGAAGCAUUCCCAGGUAUUUGAUUCCAGAACUGGGACCUUGCUCCCUCAAAAUAACAUAUUCUGCACAUACUGAUCUUAGUGUGAAGUUUCAGAGUCAUCGUAGCAGGGACUACACAAAUCCUCUCCUUCCUGUUGCACCCUCAGCCAUUGAUGCAAGUGGUCAGAUUAGUGUGGGUUUAGAUGGGAAGAAGCUGGAGCCUGAGAGUAAUGUUCUUCUAGCUUCCAUUGAGAACAUGCAGUAUGCUGUAACCUUGGAUGUCCUACACAUGGUUUUUUCAGCUUUUGGCCCUGUGCUAAAGAUUGCAAUGUUUGAUAAGAAUGGUGGGGUUCAGGCUCUAAUACAAUAUCCAGAUGUGCAGACAGCAGUUGUUGCAAAGGAAGCUCUGGAAGGACAUUCCAUAUAUGAAGGAGGAUUUUGUAAGCUUCAUAUCUCCUACUCUCGCCACAUUGAUCUCAGUAUUAAGGUAAAUAAUGAUCGGAGCAGAGAUUAUACAAUCCCGAAUGUCCCUAUGCUGAACUCUCAACCCUCGGUUUUGGGGCAGCAACCACAUCCAGUAGGAGGUACAGGUGUUCAUCCAUACAAUGGGCCUACACAAUAUGCCCCAGCUCCACAAGGUCAUGCUGCACCUCAGCAUUCAGCUGGCUGGAACUCACCUGUUGGGGCUGCACCUCAACAAAUACCGAUGCAGAUGCAUAAUCACCCUUACUCUAUGCCUGCAAGUGGGCCGCCUCAGAUGGGUCAUGGGAUGCCUCCAAUGCAUGGACAGAACGGCCUACCACAUUCUGCUGGAAUGCCUCCAUAUCAUCCACAAUAGCACUAGUGAGAACCGCAAACUUAUCUAGACCAGGAUUACAUUUUGUUGCAGGAGAUCUAAGCCAAAAUGUUAAUUAUUUUGGUCCAGACUGCAUUUCUUUGUUCUUCGUUUUCUGUCUCCCUCUCUAUAUCUUAGUCCCUUUUUCUUUUGGGUGUCAUUGGAAGGUUUCUAAACCACUUAGUAGGCAUCCACUGUUAUGAAGAGACUUCAUCGACCUGUAGUGCAAAUCGUUUUUAAUUGUCUUUUCAUUGGGUGCCAUAUAUCAAUUAUAUUACGGUCGUAGCAUUUGGUUUCA